AUGGCAUAUAUUGGGACCCAAAAAAAAUCAUACUCGAAAAUAGAGAAUAAUUUUACUGGAACCAACAAAGUCUCGAAAGCAUAUUUGCCCAUUGAAGAGUAUAGGAUGAAACACGAACCAUUUACCUUAGACUCAAUGGUCGAACAUAUAAAGUUACAAGAAUUAGUUUCAUAUGAAGACUCUGCGUCUUGCUUCAGAUACUUAGACGAAUGCAAUAGAAAAAUUGAGGUAGAAGAUGUGUUCAAGUAUGAUAAUAAUAGAACAGACUCUAAUAGAUCAUUUAUGAAUGAGUCCAUUUUCCUUGCUGAAAUGGAAAACGGGUACUCAUCAAUCAUACUUGACGAACCACAUUGUUCUCAAAACUGUCAACAAUCAGAGCUCAAGAAUUCUUUUAAUAUGGUACCUUUUAUUUCUGAACCUCAUUUCGAACAAUGUAAUACCCCUAACAUUUAUUAUCUUCCACAGGAGAUUAAGAAGGAAACACCGAAUAUUCAAAUUAAUAAUACAGCAAACAAUGUACUUUCACUCCCUAAAGUUAGAGAGUUAAAACGAUCAACAGAAACAUUUGAGGAUCCACCUUUCUUCGAGCCUGAUAUGGACUUUUUCCCUCUUUUGCUUACACCGGACGAAAAUAUCUUUUCAAACGUUUCCAAAAAUAUCAAUACCUCUGGAAAUCUCAAUGGCACUACUAAUAAUAACUCCGGUAACAACGUUACCACCAAUAAAUCUCUUCCACAACAACUAGAAAACGAUCCUAAUUAUUCCUUGGAAGCAAGACAAGUAGAUGAAUUUCAAUGGGACAUAUUUUUAACACCACCCACAACGCCGGAUACACAAACAUAUGUUAAUCAAUUAAAGAACGACAAGCCUUUGUUAAAAGCUCUUUCGAAAAAACACAAGAGGGGAAGUUACAGAUGUGCCCAUUGUCCCUCAAUGUUCGGAACAAUUUUUGAGUAUGCAGCACAUAUGGAUGAAUUCGAAAUCAAGAGAGAAUUUAAAUGUCCAUUCCGAUUAUGCCCUUGGAAAAUACUUGGAUUACCACGUCGCUCCGAUUUACGCAGACAUUGUGCAAUUCAACACAAACACGAAUUACCAGAAUCCUUGAAAGAGGAACUGAAUUUGAAAGAUGAGGCAUACCCAUCAACGGAAUGCCCUAACUUAUUUUGUGAAAAAGAAUUCUACAGAAAGGAUGCACUUAAUAGACAUAUUGCCAUUGUUCAUGAGAAGGAAAACUCAAGGUUCAAUAAACGAUUAAAGAAGUUAUACGAGGAGUGUGCAUAUAUCGCAACGGAAGAAGGACGGGUUGCGUAUAUUCGAGAGCAACUACUGAAAGAUCAUAAAACGAAGAAAAAGAACACCUCAUCAGCGUAA